CAUGGCGAUGUUCCACCUCCUCCCGUUAGCUGUGGCUCUACUGUCGGUAACGUACGUGGAAGGGCAAGUCCCAGGCUUCGGGAAAUGUCCAACAGUGAACGUGCAACAAGAUUUUGAUAUCAAACCGUACAUGGGCCCGUGGUACGAAAUAGAAAAGUUCCCGGCUGCCUUCGAAUCUGGUAAAUGUGUCCGGGCUAACUACACACUGCUGCCGAACGGACAUGUCAAGGUCGAUAAUGAGGGCACAUUGUCGGACGGAAAGAUAGACAUUAGGAUCGGUGACCUGUACAACCCCGACCCCAAGUAUCCCGCUAAGCUGGCCGUGCGCUUUGCUAGUGCUGCCCCAUAUGGAGACUACUGGGUUCUGAAGACGGACUACAAGACCUACACUUUCAUCUGGUCGUGUUCUGAUGUUCUGGGCUUGGGUAAUGUCCAGUUCUUGUGGAUUCUCGCGAGAGAACACGCGAUCGACCAAGCCUUGAUCGACGACCUCCACAAGCUUGCGACUGGAUACGGAAUCGACGUCAGUCACAUGACAACAACCGACCAAUCCGGAUGCACCAACUGAACAUUCUUUUACUAAAUCAAAUAAAGAACAUUUUUGACAGCAUAAUAGGUGCAAAAUAUCAUUUUCAACACCACAACCUCCAUACAAAUGGCUUUAAACAUUAUUAUUAUAAUAACAAUGCAACAAGGUGAUAUCAUACUGUGUAUGAAUAAAAAACGUAAAAUUAAUUGGCAAUUGAUGUACUUCAAUUUUCCUAUGAUAACAAUUAAAGGUAGAACGUUGAACCAAUUAGUUAUAGCUAACAAUUAAUUAUACAGAAAUGUGGUCAGCAUGCAAUAAGGCAAUUC